AUGUGGACGAGUACCGCAACACCCUCUGGGAACGCGCGAACCAUCGCCGACAUAGGGACGCUCAAUCAGGAUGAUAGAAUGCACGCCAGCGUCAACGACCCCCCACACACUGUGAAGUCUGCGAACGCUCCAACAUCCACGACCCUUGCAGCGACGAUGGGUGGCGAGCGUAUCGAACUUGAUAUUAGUGCGACCGGGGUAGCCGGUGUGCUCAUACUCCCCACGCGUCUAUUCCUCAACGCAGACCCUGGGCAGGGUAUCCCCGGUUCAGCCAUCUCGUUGCUACACUUCCCCACGAUACCCAAGCUAGCCACCGAGCGGAGACGGCCAACAUAG